AUGAGUGUAGCUAACAUGGUUGAAGCAAGGUGCUGCUUCAAACUCCUCUAUGCAAUUGUGGUGGUGCUUUUACUACACAUGAGCAGUCCUUGCAUUGGAUGUAGCGAGAGGGACAGACAAGCACUUCUUGCACUCAAACAAGGCCUCGUGGGUGACGACGGCGAUCGCCUCCUUUCAUGGGGAAGAGAAGCCCAAAACAAAAAUUGUUGCCAAUGGGAAGGAGUCUACUGUAGCAGCAACCAAACUGGCCAUGUUGUUAAGCUUGAUCUUAAAGGCCAAUCUUUGCGAGGUAAGAUUAGUCCUGAACUCGUUAAGUUGCAGCAUUUGGAGUAUUUGGACCUUAGUUUCAAUGAUUUCAGUUGGAGCAAAAUUCCAGACUUCAUUGGAUCUCUGAGCAAUUUAAGACACCUCGACCUCUCUUCUGCUAAUUUUGGAGGUCAAAUUCCAAACCAACUUGGAAACCUUACACACUUGCAAUAUCUAGAUCUCAGCUCUUGUGAAGAUUCUGAGAACUCUAUUCAUGCAAAAAACCUCAAUUGGCUCCCUAAUCUUUCAGGUCUGAAACACUUGGACCUAAGUUACGCUAGUCUCAGUGAUGUUGUUGGUUGGCUGGAAGCAGUUAAUAUGCUUCCUAAACUAACAAACUUGAUACUAUCAGACUGUGAUCUUCCUCCAAUUAUAUCCUCUGUUUCUGUUAUAAACUCUUCUAAAUCUCUUGUUCAUGUCGAUCUCUUCGGCAACAAUCUCAACUCUUCAAUCUUCCAAUGGUUGUCCGGUACUCAUACCAACCUUGUUUAUCUUGAUCUCUCUGCGAACGAGUUAUAUGGGCGCUCAAUUCCUGCAUCUUUUGGAAACAUGAGCUCUCUUGAAUAUCUUAUAUCUAUUCUAACAAACUUGAAGGAGGGAUCCCGAAUUCCUUUGCCAAACUUUGUUGAAACAUUGUCCAAAUGCGCUCAAAAGACAUUGGAGAGUUUGGGUAUCUCUGACAAUUUCAUUGUAGGUUCAUUGCCUAAUCUUACGAACUUCUUAUCAUUGAAAGACUUGUAUCUCGAGGCCAAUAACUUAAGUGGAAGAAUACCUGAAAGUAUUGGACAGAUGUCCAAGCUGGAGACUAUUGAGGAUAUGGAUAUCUCUCACAAUCAAAUGAGAGGAACAGUUGGAAAUAUUAGAUUGGAGUUUGCACCGCUCCUAAAUUUGAGUUGGAAUCAAUUGGAGGGUCCAAUCCCUUCAAUUCUAUCAAAAGUUCCAGUUCUAGAUCUCUCCCAUAAUAACUUUUCAGGAGCAGCUUCUUUUUUGUGUGCAACCAAGGAUAGUAAUUUAACCUUUCUUGAUCUCUCAAGCAAUCAUGUAUCUGGAGAACUUCCUGAUUGUUGGAUCCAUUUUAAAAAAUUAGUCUUCCUUGAUUUGAGCAAUAACUAUUUAUUUGGAAAAAUUCCCACCACGAUGGGGCACUUGUUUAGUAUCGAGACACUAAGACUAAGUAACAACAGAUUUGUGGGAGAGUUGCCUUCACAAUUGAAGAAUUGUACCAAGUUGACACUUUUUGACCUUGGGGAAAAUAAUUUAUCAUGCUCAAUACCUGAAUGGUUAGGGGCUAGUCUUCCAGAUUUGACUAUCUUAAUCCUUCGAGAAAGGAAAUCAAGUCAAAUUAUGGAACAUUCAUAUGAGGCUGAUGUGGACGAAAUAGGUUAUUCUUGGAAUUAUGAGGAGGAAGCAUCUUUAACAUGGAAAGGGGUAAGGUCUAAAUACAAAAGUACUCUGGGACUUGUAAAGAGUAUUGAUCUCUCAAGCAAUAAGUUGACUGGGGAGAUUCCUAGUGAAAUCACUAAUCUUGUUGGUUUGGUUUCUUUAAACCUGUCGAGAAACCAAUUAAUAGGUCAAAUACCUCCAAGGAUUGGAAUGCUGCAGGAGUUAGAUUUCCUCGAUUUAUCAAGAAACCAGAUUAAUGGCAGAAUUCCAAACAGUCUAUCUCGGAUAGAUCGUAUUGGUUACUUGGACUUGUCAGAAAACAACUUGUCUGGAAAAAUUCCGAUAGGGACCCAGCUCCAAAGCUUUAGUCCAUCUUCUUAUGGUGGAAAUCCUCUACUUUGUGGACUACCACUCCUAAGGACAUGUGAUGAGGAGGAAAAAGGUCCAGGACAAACUGUGUUGGUGAAUCAAGACGAUAAAGAUGGGCUUAUAUCGCAAGGAUUUUACAUCAGCUUAGGGCUUGGGUUUGCUGUUGGAUUUUGGGGAGUUUUUGGCACUCUUCUAUUCAACAGAUUGGCUGUACGUGAAGGCAGAAAUCAUCAGGCAAAGGAUGCCUAA